AUGGUUUGGGAGGACGCUUCAAAAUCGAGAGUGAAUCAACCUUAUGAGUUGGACGAGUUUCCGCUCAAGGCAUAUGAAAGCUCCGUAUUGUACAAAGAGAAGAUGAAGAGGUGGCAUGAUGCCAAAAUCUUAAAGAGAGAGUUUCGUGUGGGUGAUGAUGUCCUUCUCUUCAAUUUAAGAUUGAAACUCUUUGCGGGGAAGCUUAGGUCGAAGUGGUCGGGCCCAUUCGUGAUCUCAAAUGUUUACCCGAAUGGAGCUAUUGAGUUGGAAGAUCACGAGAAGAAGAAAUUUAUGGCGAAUGGCCAACAAUUGAAACAUUAUCAUGUCAGAGGACUCGGAGUGACUAAAUUCGAGUUGCUUCGCUUCGAAGAUCCAAAAUGA